AGGAUUCAACCUCACCAGAGCGGCGACUGAUGAUUGUCACGCCUUGACAACACCAAAAAUGCCCGCGCCAGGCGACCAGUACAGUGGCGGCAAUGUCAAGAACCCAUUCGAAGAGCGCGUCAACAGCAAUUUCACAGCAUCAGAGAUUGCUACACUGCAGACCAAAUUAAACAAGCAACUUGGCCCGGAAUACAUCUCGCAACGACCCGGUAAUGGUGGUGGCAGAGUGGCGUACUUGGAGGGGAACAAAGCCAUAGCGCUUGCGAAUGAGGUUUUUGGAUUCAAUGGCUGGUCAAGCUCGUUAGGACAGGUACAGAUUGACUAUGUCGAUGAGCACCAGAAUGGCAAGGUGAGCCUCGGGCUCUCGAUAGUAGUGAGAAUUACGCUCAAGGAUGGCACAUACCAUGAGGAUAUUGGCUACGGAUCGAUAGAGAACGGCAAAGGCAAAGCCGCAUCAUUCGAAAAGGCUAAGAAAGAGGCCGCAACAGAUGGCCUGAAACGCUCUUUACGCACAUUUGGCAAUGUUCUCGGCAACUGUUUGUACGACAAAGAAUACCUCAAAAAAGUCCAGGCCAUGAAAGUCAAGCCCAUUAAGUUUCAGGAGGAUAACCUUUAUCGCCAUGUCGACUUUGCACCGCGACUACCUCAACCCGAGCCACAAGCCAUAGUCAAACAAGAAGCCCUAACGACACCAGCCAGGCCGGACCAGCUUCUUCGAACACGUACCGAUCAAUUGAAUAAUGAGUCUUUUGGAGCAGACUUUGAUGACGAAACCGACGAGAAUUUAUUUGAUGGAGUUGAUGUUUCCGAGGGGCAUGGAGAUGAAUUCUCUUUCUCAGAAGGUCUUUCUGCUUCUGAAACUACAGCGCCACGCACAGUCGAGUCAGGGAAACCAAAAGCGACACCGUCUGGCCGAACUUCCCCACCCCCACGACCCAACCCUCCCCAAGCACAACAGCCGCCUAACCAACAACGCCAAGUACUUCAGGCCCAACCCACAACAACGCCAGCAACGAAUCCAACGGCCUCAAAUCAACGACUAUCUGUUGGAUUCGUUACCUCCCGCGCUGCUGAGCUCCUCCAAGCAUCCGAAACGCCCACAUUAAACAAUCUCCCACAAUUUAAUCCCAACGCAGAGUCUCCUAUUCCAAAAGAGAAACGAACUCCUGGCAUCGACCACGCACGUAGUGUACCCAUCAAACGUGAAGCCGUCGGCGCUCCCCCCGCCCCUCAACCUGCACCCCAACGACCUGGCGCCCCGUCAACAGGCUCUUUCAACCGUCCAAACAUAGUGAACCCGCAUCUCGACAGCAACCGACGAAUCGGCAUGCCCAGUGCGUCCAGCUAUGCUAUGAGUCCUAGUGCGAAUCGUGGUGCUUACAAACCUCCUACAUUUGCCAACGGUAAUGGGCCAAAUGGCAUCAAGAGGGAGAGGGCAGCCUUGCAGGACGUUAGUAAUGUGGGUGUCAACGGCCAAACGGCUGCUGUGGAGGGACCAGACGCAAAGAAGCAAAAGGUUGAUACGCCGCUGGGUGCUGAGAACAACGCGGGUGUUGCCAGCACAUAG